AUGGGUGCCCAAGUUUACAAUCAAAGGAUUGAGCGGUUGCGUUUCUCGCCCGUCCCGCAAGUAUCACAAGCUUCGCGAAAAGUUGUCGGGGCUCGUCGCAUCAAACGAAAUCUAUUUGGCUCAGUCAAAGCCGAAUCAGUAAAAGAGAUUUUCAACAAAGUAAUGGACGAACAUGUUGAACAAAAAAGUAAAACAUGGAACUUCAAUUUCGCGAAAGACGAACCUAUGAACGGACGUUUCAAAUGGGAACAUUUGGCUCCACCGAAUGUUGAGGGCCUUCGACUACAGGAGAGUCGUCGAGCCAACAGAAUAGAUGAAGUGAUUCCCAUGGAAGUACUCAUGGACGAGCGAGCUGAGCUUGCUAAUAAAGGCACGAGAAUUAAUGUCACAAAUUCAGCAAUGAAACAACUGCUCAUAACAGACUACAUGAAACCACGCAAGCGUACUCAUGGACGGCUUAAAGAGCAGUAA